UUAUUGUUUACCAAUUUCAAUCUUUGGUUGUGUUGUUGAAUACAUUUUAUUAAGGUUGUUAAUUUUACGGGCAUAUUUUUCAAGCUUAAUCUUAUCACGUUAAUCUGAAAACAUUGUUAUUGAUCUCAAAUACCUUUUUGGUAUUUAUAUUUUUAACAGUACCCUAUGCAUAUUGAAAACUGAUAAGUAAUUGAUAAUGGAGAAUUUAUAUGCAGCUUUAACUUCAGUUAAAGUGCUAAGGUGUAGUGUUGGACAAAUAUUUAAUUCACUUGCGAAUGGUAUAAGGGCUGACCAUGGAGAAGAAGGAAGAGAUACCAAGUUUUUAUCUGAAAUAGAAGAACUUCUAAAUGCCGUUACACAUCAUUUAAGAGAUGUUGAACAAGCAGUCAAUAAUUUGUCACAACCGCCAGGUCCACUUACCCUAGGAAAUACAAACUUUCUUAGUCAAGAAUGCACUCAAGAAAGACAAGCAUUAUAUAGUCAACUUGUUUUAAGUUAUAAAUGGACUGACAAAAUACAUGAGUACAGUAAUCAUGCUGCUGCUUUACUAAGCCAAAAUUCAUUAAAAAGAUCUUACAUGAAUCCAGGUAGUGCCAAGAGGCGAAGAACUCAAACUAGCAGCCACAAUGUAUCUCCACAAGCUGUUGAUACAGUAAUAUCCGCCAUAGAUCGGCAGUUUAAUGAUAUGACAAUGUCAAUUUCAAGACCGUUUGCAACCAAUGCUGUUCUUCAGGUAUCCUUGGGACGUGUACUUCAAGCAGUCAUUGCUUUUAAGGGUCUUAUGAUUGAAUGGGUCGUCGUCAAAGGAUAUGGUGAAGCCUUUGAUCUUUGGACAGACUCGAGGCAUAAAGUAUUUAGAAAGAUCACUGAAAAUUCACAUGCUGCUAUGUUGCACUUCUAUUCACCUACACUACCUGAAUUGGCUGUUAGAUCCUUUAUGACUUGGUUUCACAGUUAUAUAACACUGUUCAGUGAACCAUGCAAAAAAUGUGGUAGUCACCUUCACUGCGCUCUUCCACCUACUUGGCGUGACUUAAGGACCCUCGAACCUUUUCAUGAAGAAUGCAAACUAUAAUAAUUUAUUUUAAAAAUUAAAGAUAUGUAUAAUGGCUAUUGUAUAAAGUUAGGUU